GAAUAUAUAAACCAGACGGCAGACGGCAACCACCUCAGGCGGUUGGUCCGAAAUAAAGAGAGAGAGACAUUUCGACCGAUAAUUGAAGCAAACGACGUCGUUAGAUUCACUGACUACCACUAUCUUCCACUUUCAUCUCUAUUUGCUUCAGAUCUCUGCAUUCCUCUUCAAUUUUUAGGGCUCCUUUCUUAUAUAUAUUCCCUCACUCCCAUUUUUUCCCCUCCGGUGUAUCUGUGUGUGUAUGUGCGCCUCAGUGCUGCGAAUUCACUCGAUCGAUGAAAUUUCUGUAGAUUUGCGUGUUUGAUCGCUUGAUUUGUUGUACGUUUCUUCAUAUUCUCGUCGGAAUGGCGGUGGAUUCUGGAACUGUGACGCCUGGACUGGUGUCAUUUUUGCUCGGAAGCAUUCCAGUUAUUGUUGCAUGGAUAUACUCUGAGUGGUUGGAAUAUAAGAAAUCAUCGUCAUCUAAAGCAAGUCAUUCAGAUAGUAAUCUGGAUGAAUUGGAAAAUCAAACAAUCAAAGAAGAUGAACGAGCAGUGUUGAUAGAAGGAGGUCUCACUAAAUCAGCAUCUACAAAAUUGGCCAGUCCAUCCAUUAAAACAAACAUAAUCAGGUUUCUGACUAUGGAUGAUUUGUUUUUACUUGAAAAUCGACUACUUCUAAGGGCAAUGGCUGAAUUUGGGGGAAUCUUGUUCUAUUUUUACAUAUGCGACCGGACAAACUUUUUUUCAGAAUCUACCAAGAGCUACAAUCGUGAUCUAUUCAUUUUCCUUUACAUUCUUCUCAUCAUAACUUCAGCUAUGACCUCUCUUAAGAAACACAAUGACAAAUCCGCAUUUUCUGGGAAAUCCAUUCUCUACCUAAACCGCCACCAGACUGAAGAGUGGAAAGGCUGGAUGCAGGUGCUGUUUUUGAUGUACCAUUACUUUGCUGCAACGGAGAUUUACAAUGCUAUUCGUGUUUUUAUUGCUGCUUAUGUAUGGAUGACUGGCUUCGGAAACUUCUCCUAUUAUUAUAUCCGCAAAGAUUUCAGUGUUGCUCGAUUUGCUCAGAUGAUGUGGAGGCUCAACUUUUUUGUAGCAUUCUGUUGUAUUGUUCUCAACAACGACUAUAUGCUUUACUACAUUUGCCCGAUGCAUACCCUCUUCACUCUUAUGGUGUAUGGGGCCCUUGGCAUUGGCCACCAAUAUAAUGAAAUAAAAUCAGUUAUGGCUUUGAAGAUUUUGAUGUGCUUUCUUGUGGUUAUCUUUGUGUGGGAAGUUCCCGGAGUUUUUGACAUUUUAUGGAGUCCUUUCACUUCUCUUCUAGGAUAUAGUGAUCCCGCAAAACCAGAUCUUCCUCGACUCCAUGAGUGGCAUUUUAGGUCUGGGCUUGAUCGUUAUAUAUGGAUUGUCGGAAUGAUCUAUGCCUAUUUUCACCCAACUGUUGAAAAGUGGAUGGAUAAAUUAGAGGAGUCUGAGGCUAAGCAUAGACGUACAAUCAAGACAUCCAUCGCUACUGUUGCCAUAAUUGUUGGCUGCUUGUGGUAUGAAUACAUAUACAAGCUGGGCAAGGUUGAAUAUAACAAGCUCCAUCCAUACACGUCGUGGAUUCCAAUAACUGUCUAUAUUUGUUUGAGGAAUUGCACUCAGCAGCUUCGGAAUUUUUCAUUGACCCUCUUUGCGUGGCUUGGCAAAGUUACUUUGGAAACAUAUAUUUCCCAGUUCCACAUCUGGCUAAGAUCGAAUGUGCCCAAUGGACAGCCCAAGUGGCUACUCUCCUUUAUUCCAGAUUACCCGUUGCUUAACUUCAUGCUGACAACUUCCGUUUACUUAUUGAUAUCGUAUCGGCUUUUUGAGCUCACAAAUACACUGAAGUCAGCUUUUAUACCCACAAGAGAUAAUCAGAAACUAUUUCACAAUUUUGUAGCCGGAGCUGUCAUCUCAGUGUGUCUAUAUUGCAUUUCUUACAUCCUCGUUCAGAUCCCUCAUUAGCAAGCCUUAGUCACAGAAAAAAAAGAAAAAGAAAAAAAAAACUCGGUGGAUGUAAAAACGGAACAUACAUGGACCGGCAAAUACUUGUCCUCUGAAGUAGUUGGUAUCGUCUUUUACCAUUUCUUGAUUGUAGUCACCUAUUAUGUAAGUUCAGUUUUACUUGGAAGUUCCACCCAAAAAAAAAAAAAAAAAAAAACCGGAAAUGGGAAACGAUGGUUAGUGGGUUUUUCCACGCUUA